UCCGCUCUAACGAACAUUAAAACUGUUUUUCUAACGGUCUCCGCGGCUUCUGUGAUCCGUAUAUUAUUCUCUUGUAACGGUUAACGUGUCGUGUGAACGGCAAAACAAUCGCCGAACGGCGCCGUGUUUGUGUCCGGUUUCCUGCUCGGUGCUGUGCAGUGCCGUGUGCAGCAGGCUGGCGCUCCGCUCAGCGAUGGCGUAGGGGAGACAGCGCAGGGUCGACAAGAUGGAGAAAGGCGGCGGCGUGAGGCUCGCCAGUCGUGGAGGAGGAUGGGAGUGAGGGCGGCAGAGCGAUGGCUGUGGCGGAACAUAUAAAGAGCGGCAUCCUUCUGCAGACUUCCUGAUCCUGAGGAGGUAGCAAGGGGGUGUUGGCUUGUGUUGCCACAGCAGCAGUCGUGGAGGAGGAGGAGAAGCGCCUGUUUCGGUGGCGCCACGCCCUGCUGCAGGGUAUGGAGUACCACAGCACGGGGACCCUGCCGCUCCUGGGCAGCCCCCGCUAUUGCCCUGGGGCCAACAGCGCCAGUGGCUACCUCUGCCAGACUGGCCACUGCUGUGGAGAGACCGGAUGCUGCACGUACUACUACGAGCUGUGGUGGUUUUGGCUGUUAUGGAGCGUGCUGAUCCUGUUCAGCUGCUGCUGUGCUUAUCGGCACCGGCAGGCUAAGCAGAGAGUGCAGCAGCAGCAGAGGCAGAGAGAGAUCAACCUGAUGGCCUACCACGGAGCCUGCAGCUACCCAUCCUCUAUGCUGGACCUCAGUUUCCUUGCAUCGCUAAAACUGCCAUCCUAUGAAGAAGUAGCAGCCCAACCUAGCACCCCACCGCCACCCUACAGUUCGGUAGCUUACCCACGAGGCUCUGCUCACCCUGGUCCGAGUCACAUGUUGUCCUCCCAGAGUUCUGAUAACUACACCAGCUGCUCCUGUGACUCCUGUUGUCCUUCAUCCCCCUGUAGCUCCUCCCCCUCCUCUGCCCAGCUCACUGACGAGACCGACACAAGCCACACCUCCACACCUUCCCACAGUGAAGCAGUACCCAUUAAUUCCAUAUCCGUGUUUGCCCACUCAACUGCAGCUUCAGAGGCACAUGGUGAGACUGUUUCUACUCCACCCCUCAAUGAACCUGGUCCCAACUCUUCAUUAAAUCGGGCAGAAUCAAUGGAGGUGGAAAUAUCGGACUCCGCCUCCCUCGACUGCAAUGGCAACAGGACUGUUAAAACAGUUACCAAUCAAGCAAUUAACAACAACAAGAUCAGUAAUGCAGACGAAACCACUAAAUCCAAUGAAACUAUUAAUACAAUUCACAUUAGUAAUACCAGUGACAUCACUAAUGCUAGUCAGGCCUGCACCAUCACUGAAAGUAAUACAACCCAAUCCAACCUUGCCAAUGAUAUUAGCAGCGUGGGUCAAACAUCUAACCCCAGUCCUACCAGAGACACUAUGAUCAGUAACACCACUGACUUAGGCCUUUUUCAACCUCCCAGCAAUACGUCCCAAAACAUCCCAGCUGCCACUCGCCCUACUGUUGCCGUGCCUCCGUCCUCUCCACCAUCUUGUUCUCCUAUCUCUCCGCCCUCCCCUUCUCUCCCUCCUCCAUUAUUCCCUCUCACUGACCCUUUGGGAGCUGUCUCAGAGCAACAAAGUUCCCCGACAAAGUGGGAGGGCCCUGUGCAAGAACGACCACCUACCCCGCCCCCUCAGUCUCCGCCCAGACCGGUGCUCUUCUCCCCAGAUUUCCUGGAGCCGGAGCGGCGGGAUUCGGCCGUCUGCGAUCUGGAUGUGGACCAGACGCACUUCCAGCAGCGUCGCCUGACGGGAGACUCCGGCAUCGAGGUGUGCCGCUGCCGCAUCGAUCAAGAGGAAGAAGAGGAUGAGGAAGAUGAAGAGAGGGAUCACUUGGAGGCGGACUGCUCCGUCCGAGCCCAGCUGACUCCUUCCACAGGAGAUGGGUUAGUGGAGUGGCCAGACAUGUGCAGCUCGGCCCCCUCUGCACCAACUAAGGCAGAGGCAGUUGUCAUAGCCAUGGAAACCAUUUGACGGACAGGUGGGCCAUUGGAAUCCAGUGUACAAGGGCUGAGUGUGGCUUUAGAGAAAGCAAGUGCAGAGAAAGCCUUUUGCGUUGGGGUUUCAUAGCAAGUCAGUGUGGAGGUGGAAUCCCCCUGGACCGCUGAAGAGAGAAUUAGUGAAAGGCAGUAGUCAAGAGUCCAACCAGUUAAAGUAACUUUGCUACUGCAUUAGGACUGGCUUAGGAUCAUAGAGUGGUUUAGGUAAAUCUGUAGCUUGACAGCAUAGGAAGGUUCUCUCUGUCUCUGUGUCUCUCUGUCUGUUUCUUUCUCUGUUGUUUUGAGAGAAGGAUAAAGAUGUUCUCCAGCGCUUAACACAAAGCCCAUUUUUCUGCUGACAGACAGACUGAUGUCAGAGCCACGGACUCUGCUGAAACACACCCACAUGCACACAGUAACCAUUAUGUUUGACCCUGAUGUGGGACGGUGGUACAACCAUGCCAGCUCAUCUGGCCUCCUCUGUGAACAAUACAAUAUAUUCUGUAGCAACAUUCAUAAUUCCUUCUCUCUAUCUGUCUAUCUAUUUAUCUAUCUAUCUAUCUAUCACUCUGUCUCUCUUUCUCCCCCUUUAUCUCCCUCUCCUUUUCCCUGCUUUUAUUGUAGCCUCUAGCACAGGAUCAGAGACCUGUUCCCUGUCCUGUUGAGUGGAGUGUCGUACGCUUUGAUAGACUAUGAAGCUGCUUGAAAUGCUCAUGGUUUAAACAAUGCCAACAGUAAAGAUGCAAUAACACAAACACAACUAGUCAUAACUGUCCCGUGUGCCUCUGGGUAAUGUAGUUCAUGCCAGGGUCAGGCAGCCAUUUAGCGCUCUGUGUUAACUGGAGCUUACGGCCGAAUGUAAAAGGUCCUUCACAGGUUCACACAAACCAAACACGCACCCGAACACGACAGAACACUCUAGAACACACAGAAACAUCAGAUUGCGUUCUCUUGUUUUUCCAGUGUUUCAGAACACCAGCUUGGCCAAACAGAUGCUGCACCUCAAAGCACGGAAGAAGAAAAAAAACCUCAGGACAUUGUUUUUGUUCCGUUCUUGAUUUUUAAUAACAUUUUGUUACGUCUUUAUGUGGAAACAUUUAAACAGCAAUGCUCAUUGGCAACAUGAAAGCAGUCUAAAGACUUAACAGACUCUUUGAACUGCUAUCUACAAAGAUGAAUAUAAAUAUGGGAAAUACGUAUACAAAUAAAUAUAUAUGUAGGUACAGAUGAUAUAUAUAUAGAUAUAUAUGCUCUCUGUGAAAUUAUAUAUAUUUUCUAAGCAUGCCAUUUCAUUUGGAGUGCAUCACAGUGCUAAAAACUGGUGUAAAAUAUAAUCUGAGGCUGAGGGAUUGUGUGUAUUGACACUAGUGUUACUAUGGCAUCAGUACCAAGUUACAAUUACGUUACUAUGGCGUUACCAUGGUGCUGCCGUGGCGUUACUAUGACAACCUUCUCUAGUCUGAGCAAUAGAGUAUGUUUGAUGUUGAUGUGAGACUGUGAAAGGUGUGCAGAUGUUAUUCUCAAUGACUUCAACACUAAAAGAGUCAAGUGAAAA